CCCACGGCUUUCCCUCAUUCAGUUUUAAUCAUUUGCUGCUGCUGCCGCCGCACACUUGCAACUUGAUUCAUCGUGAAUUUAAGGUAUGUAAAUAAAUUUUUUUAUCACAAUUAAUUUGCAGACCAGUCUUCUUCUAACCAAUCAAAAUUUGACACACGACCAACGCUCUACUUCUGUUCCACUUCUUAUCUGCUCGCCACGUGGGAAAUUUUUUUCCGCUCGUUUUAUGACGUCAGCACUCACGAUUCCACUUUUCUUCCCGCCCACGGCAACGCCUCUUUCGCUUCUCAUUCAAUUCCUCCCCUUUUAUAUCCUGUGCUGCUUCACUCUUUUUCUUGCUACAAAAGAUCAGAUCCCACCCCUGGACUCUUCGGUAGCGUUGAAAAAAUGAGAGUGAACAGGCUUAAUCUCAGCCGCCUGAUCAUCAUGUGGUUCUAUGUUGUUCUUCUUUCGCUUGUGUUCUCCGCGAGAGCACAGCCCACCACUGGAAAACAGGAGAACCAGUAUAAAUUGUACUCAAAUUUCGAUCCAACGAUGGCCACAGUGAUCGUCGUGCUCAUUUGUGCUUUCUUCUUUGUUGGAAUUUUCUCCGUCUUCAUCCGUCAGUGUUCUGAGAACGCAAAUGUUGGUAACCUCCCCAACACUACUGCCUCUGGGAAUAGAUCGCGGGGGGUUGGCCUCGAUCCUGCCGUGAUCGAGAAGUUCCCGGUCUUCGUCUACUCUGAGGUGAAAGAUAUUAAAAUUGGCAGAGAAACGCUAGAAUGCGUAGUUUGCUUGAGUGAAUUUGAAGAUGAUGAAACGCUGCGUUUGUUACCCAAAUGUAAUCACGUUUUCCAUCCUGAAUGCAUUGAUGAGUGGUUGGCUUCUCAUGUCACUUGCCCGGUUUGCCGAGCCAAGCUCACACCGGAAUCUGUCGAAAUUCCGAAGAGCACACCACAACAAACAACAACAACAGACUCGAAUCAACACAACUCUGUACCUACUGUCGCUGAAGAAGUCGCAAUUACCGUGAAUGAAGAGCAAAACAGUGACUCACAGCCACAGGCUACUAAUAUCGCGAACACGAUUCAGGCGAAGAAUCGGCCACCGAGAUUGGGUAUUUCCGAAAAGUUUCCAAGAUCGCAUUCGACGGGGCAUUCACUAGUUCAAGCAGGAGAUAAUAUUGAAAGGUAUACACUGAGAUUUCCGGAGGAGGUGAGGAAGCAGAUGAUGGCAAGCGCGAAACUGAAACGUGCAGUGAGUUUCAAUGUGAUUUUGGCAACGGAAGGGAGUUCGAGGAAAGGGUAUAGAAGCAGCGGAGAAGGUAGUAGUAGAGGAAAGCAAAUUGGCCGGUGGGCAUUCUUGAUUGCGGGAGGCAAUUCCUUAAAAUCGAGUAAGAUUGAAAACGACGGAGAUUCGGUUAACGGUAGGAACAUUUUGGCAUCCGUUAAGAAUCCGUUAAAUUGCCUAAACAUGAAGGUUGAGGGAGUCGAAGAAACGUCCACUCCGACCCGGCCUCUCGUUUGAUUUGUGCAAUAAUAAGCUUAAGGGCCAUUUUUGUGCAUAGUCAAGCUGGUGCGGCACUUGCUGCAAAGAGAAUUUGUGGCCUUGCAACUUCGAAUCAAUUCAAAGUUGGCCAUUAGCUCCAGAUUCAUGUGAAAAGUGAGAACAUGGGAAUUCAUUUAAAGCAGUCAAAAGAAGAAAUCGAAUUUUGGGCAAUAUGAGUUGGCUCUUGUAUUGCCUGGAUAAAAAAUACAUGGAGGAAAGCAAGUCAGAAUAUGGGGGAAGUUCUCAGAAUGAAUUCCAGGUAUCCAACAAAGAAAAAAAGUUGUCUUAUUGUAUUGUUCUUUAUUUAUACUAGUUAAUAUGUGUGGGAUUUGCGAGAGAAGUACACAAUUUUUUAAUAUAUUGAAUUUAUAAUUUGCCCAAAUUAGUUUUAGCUGUUCUAAGGAAGAUUGCUCAAAUAGGAGUUUGCUUUCAUAAUAAGCGAUGGUGUGGGGACGGUGGAUGGAAAAAAUAGAAAGGCGCAGGUUGAGUAUUCGAAGGCUGCUACUCAUAGAAUGGAGUGGAGCCCAUUAUCAUCACCCUCAGGUCCCAAUCUUCUUGAUCCACAACCUAAGACCAAUUGUCCGAUUCAUAUAGAAAUAGACGUCAUUCUUAUCUUCUACAUAAAGCAAAAUUAUCGCAGCUGCCCAAUCGCUUUCAUCAUCAUCACGAGUUCCCCCAUGCUGAGAGUCCGGCAAUUCUUAUUAUUCCAGUACUAAUUAGUUGUUUUAAUACCCGUUGCCAAACAAGCCUUGCCCCAAAACUUUUUUUUUUAUUCCAUUACGUUGUGUUUUUAAAUUUUUAUUUAUUUUAAUUGAAUGCUUGAAUUUUUAUUA